UUCCCUCUUCUUCUUCGUCUUCUUCGUCUUCUUCUUCUCCGUGAUCAAAUAAGCAAUUGAGAAAUGGCGGAUUCUGCCAUGGAAGUUCUCACUCGAGCUCUCUCAGGGCAUGGAAUAAACGAGAAGGCAAUGAUAGAGACAUUGGGGAAAUGGGAUCAGGAGGAGAAGAGAUUGUUCAGAAAGAGCAGCAGCCAAUUUUUCAGUGAAGAUGAACGCUGCUGCUUUGAGCGGUGGGAAGAACACGGCAUGCGACUGCUCAAACAUGAAUUCAUGCGCUUCAAGAAUGCCGUGGUGCUAUGGACGACACAUCCAUGGGAAAGAGACGCUCGUCUGGUAAAGGAAGCAUUGAGCAAAGGGCAUCAUGGCCAGAACUUGAACAUCCUCAUAGAAGUGGCUUGUACUAGAACUUCUGAUGAGCUCUUGGGCGCAAGGAAGGCUUACCAUUCCUUGUUUGAUCUUUCCAUUGAAGAAGAUGUUGCCGCCCACAUGAAUGGCCCUCAACGCAAGCUUUUGGUUGCAUUAAUGAGCGCAUAUAGAUACGAAGGACCAAAGUACAAGGAGGAGACAGCAAAGUCGGAAGCAAAAGAAGUUGCUCAUGCAAUUAAGGAAGCAGCCACCCAAAAGAGCAGCCUCAUAGAGCACGACGACGUUGUGCGAAUACUGUCAACAAGAAGCAAACAUCAUCUCCAUGCCCUCUACAAACACUACAACGAAAUCUCAGCUGGCCGAUCCAUUGUUGAGGAUCUUCGUGGCGACUUGAGUCUUCAAGAGGCAGUGUUGUGCUUAGUCAAUCCCGUAAAGUAUUUCACUCAGAUUCUGAAUGUGGCAUUAAGAGUUGAGGCAGACAAGAAGAUAAAAAAGGCGUUGACCCGAAUCGUGGUUACAAGAGCAGAUAAAGACAUGAAGGAGAUCAAAGUUGAGUUCAAAAAUGAGUAUGGAGUUUCAUUGGGUGAGAGAAUUGAGAGUGUGUGCAAUGGCAGCUACAAAGAUUUCUUGCUCACUUUGCUGGCAAGAUCAGACUGAUUCUAGUUACCAUGAAUGAGUGGUUUUAAGAUGGAAAUUUGUUGUGUUUAAUUUAUGUAUGAGUUCCCAUUCUCUAUUGCUUAUAAUAAAUUGAAACAUUGUCAAAA